AUGACUGAAGGAACGGCAACAAUUCGUACGCGCAAAUUCAUGACCAACAGAUUGUUGGCGCGCAAGCAGAUGGUGUGUGAUGUCCUCCACCCGGGUAAACCGACCGUCAGCAAAACUGAAAUCCGCGAGAAGCUGGCUAAGAUGUACAAGGUGACACCAGACGUUGUGUUCGUUUUCGGCUUCAAGACAAACUUUGGUGGUGGCAAGUCAACCGGAUUCGCUCUCAUCUACGACACGUUGGAUGUGGCUAAGAAGUUCGAGCCCAAGCACAGAUUAGCUCGCCACGGCCUAUAUGAAAAGAAGAGGCCCACUCGCAAGCAGCGUAAGGAACGUAAGAACAGGAUGAAGAAGGUACGCGGUACCAAAAAAUCUAAAGUAGGCGCGGCCGCCAAGAAGUGA